AUGGCAAAUCUAACGAGCAGUUUCUCGAACCUCGGUGAAGUCUUCACAAACAUCACGGAGUACGUCAAGUUGCAAGACAAUUUCCGAUCAAGACUGGAGUCCUACAAACCAACCGGAAAGCACGAUGAUACUACCAAGUUCCUGCAGAAAACACUCAUGUAUCUCCCUCGUGACGGCAGAAUAAAUCUCAUGGAGGAGGUGCACCAGGAUCCUAUACCCCCAGGCAAACUAACCGCCAGUCUAGAAGCAGUCCGUAUCUUACCAGGUACCCUUGGAUGUUUCUCAAAUGAAGUCGAACGACAGCAGGCGUCUGCUAUGUGGAAGAGCAUCCACCGCUACUUUCCACGCCUGCAGUCGGAGUUGCAUUUCGGCUAUGAAGACAUCAAUAGUAUUCGGAACGUAGUUAUGCUGGAGAGUCUCCUAGGUGAUGAGUUCGAGUUGUUCACUUUCACUCUUGAACCGACAGGCUGGGCUCAGCAUCAGUACCACAUGAAAACAACGGCUGGUUUGAAUACUGCUCAUCAGUCGUUUUCACCUGAGGAGAGAACUGUAAUGCUUACUUCGUACGAUGAUCGAUAUCCACUACCUAGUCCGAUUCUGUUCGAUGUUCACGCUGCGAUAUCGAAUACCUUGAAGCCACUGGCCGCGGGAUAUUGGUGUCUGAGACAAUAG